AUGCAUCUCUUCAAUAUUACGCCUAGAAACCGGGUUCGGAAGCCAUGGCAGCACCAACCUCGCCCUUCUACCUCAAUUGCUGGUCGUCAAAUUGGUCGUUUAUCAAUCAGUCAAUAUACGGCAAGAUCUAGCUACACGCAGAGACCCCCUGAAGCUCCCUCUCACCAACGAAAUAACGGCGGACAGCCGCUUUUUCGACCCCCUGCCGCAUUAAAUCAUAUAUUUGAACCAGAGGUUGAUGAGAAUGAAUCAAAAGAAUACGAUGACAGUUCUGAAAACGGUGGCAUCGAAGAAGGUAAUAGCGGCGAGAGUAACUACCAAGAUCCAGUCAAUUUGACCGGCGGGAGUCUCCCAGCUGCAGAUAUUAUAGGCGUCACCACCCUUCCCAAGGAUGGCGCUCGAGGAUUCGGCACCAGAAUAAACCCACCAAGCGGAAAUACAGGCAAAGCGAGCCAAUCCUCCCAAUCAUCGCAAUCUUCUACUAUUUCUAGCCAAAAGUCUAUGAGUGACAUUGAGGCCGAAUCAUGGCUACAGCUGCGUCUUGCCCAAGAAGAAGCAAAGAAGAAACGCACUGUAUAUGCGCCGUUUCCGCCGACUUCCGCUCAACCACGCCAACCUCCAUCACCGGCGUCACCCACGCCAAUUAGGCCACCAAACCCUUGGUGUGUCUAUAAACCGAUCGACCGUAAACAAUCGGCAAGUCUCCAGCGACUGGAGACAUUAGAACAAGCCUUCAACAGGCUGGAACAACGGGGCCAAAUGACCGAACGUUCCGAGGUGGAGAAGAUGGAGUUUGAGAAUUUCAAAGCCAAGGCCGACAGAGAUAUUACUCUAUCAGCAACAGAGAGGAAGAGGAUUAGUGACAUUCUACGGAACAUCGAGCGCAGAGAGUAUAACUGGUCUGUUGGGCAGUUAUAUCAGCGGAAAAACGGUGCCAAAAGGAAAGGUGAGCAGGCUACUCGUGGAGAUGGAACUAACCAAGCCGCUGAGGGGGUUAAUGCUGUGAAGCCGAAGGCGAAGGCCAAAUCCUCCCUUAAUAUCCCUUCUUCUCGUGUGGAUGAAGCUGAGCCGGCCUCUUUCAACAUAAACCCUGCUACUAGUAACGGGCCCGUACAACCAGAAAUCGCGGAGGAAGAUGAACUACCAGACGCAGAAGUCGAAUUGAGCAGUGAUGAAGAUGAGCAUGAGGACGACGAUGUUCAAGGGGAUGCUGCACCCGAGCUUGUCUGGGUCUACAACGUAUACAGGACUGAUAUCGACCCAACUGAUCCAGAUCCUACGACCGUCCACAUAUCCUCGCACAUGAAUAAACUCCGCGCUGAAGACGUUAUGCGUGAUCAGAUACGAUCCUGCUACGGCAGCCUGAAAGAUCGUACUCGUCUAGAAUUCCACGCUACGAUUCAAGAGGACUCUACCGAACAAUCAGUUGAGUUUGCAACUGGUCGUACAGUGGUUGUCAAAGUUGAACGAGAGCUUUUUCAGGAGCCUGUUAAACGCAAGAAGCGGACAAGACUUGAACAUAUACCCACCAAGAUCUACACCAUUGUUGAGCAGAUCACUACUACCGUUGCUGCUAAUGAUGAACCUGAGAAUGGUCUUUCCACUACAGCUGACAAAGACAGUAUUUACAUGAACUAG